AUGGCUUCUCCUAUACCUCCAGAUCCCUACAACACCCUGGGUGUGACGAAAGAUGCCGAACUGUCGGCAAUCCGCAGCGCUCACCGUAAACUUGCUCUCAAAUUCCACCCUGAUCGAAUACAGGAUGAAGUGCUCCGGGAAAAGGGCAAAGAUGAAUUUCAAAAGAUCCAACAGGCUUACGAGAUUCUGAGUGAUCCUGUCAAGAGGCAGCGGUAUGAUGAUAAAAUACGACUGGCAGAGUUGAGGAAGGAGGCCAUGACGAGAGACCCACCACCAUCUACCACGAGAGCUUAUCCUAUGAGAACUGCGUCGCAAGCUACCCCCUCAUCUACGAGAGAAUAUCGGGAAGACGGAAACUUCUACGAAGAAGUUCGUCAACCCAGGAACGCAGCACCUUACGAUUACCAUGAUCCAUACGAUGAGCCUGCUCCUCGGCCGACCGGUCGAAAGUACAGCGAGUACGAGAAACGAGCACCACCACCUGCUCGGCCAGCUGAGAAGACGAAGAAAUCUUCUAGUGUGACCUCGGGCAUGAUGGCUGCGGCCUUUGCUGCUACACUGAAGAGUCGAGCAGAGAAGACGAGGAAUAGUAGAGCAGAUGAACGGAGGACGGACAAAGAGAAGAAGCGUGAGAGAAGCGACAAAAUGCACACCCGCAGGACUGCCUACGUUGAAGACACCGACAGCGAUUUUGAUGUCCAGGAGAUUAGGCCUUCGUUAAAGACUACUCCUCGUUCGAAAACGACAUCUCAUUUCGAACCCGUGGCGGAGACUGCGCGAAAAGCAUCAGCGCGGCCAGCUCGAACCCGUGACUACGACGAAGACAGCGAUGACAAGUGGGAGAAACAUCAUGAAGAGAGUAAAGCUUAUAUGGCAAAGGCGACAAACCGCCCAAGCCUCGAUAGGUCUGGCUCAGAUGCGAUGUACUAUUGGAAUUCAAGCAACAACAGGCGAAGCAGCGAAAGUGAGAGACGGCCUGAUUCUUCCAAGGGCCGCAGGACGCAUCUCGAUGACUAUCUUGCUCCGCAAUUCACGAAAUCGACCUCGUCCCCUUCCGAUCUCCGAGCCCGUGUCGAAGAGCGGGUACCACGGUCUUCUGUUGGUGUCACCCGCGACCGGGGCCGCGAUCGAGACCGGGACCGAGACCGCGAGCGAGAGAAGGAUAGGGAUCGUGAAUGGGAGCGGGAGAGGGAGCGAGAAAGAGAUCGAGAUCAUCGCAAGAUGGUGCCACCUAGCCUACAUCGCGCCCAGACUGCACCGAUGCCCAAGGCUGGCACUAGAAGAGAACAGGGCACUAGCAAAGGGUCCAACCUCAAGCACAGUGAGACCCAGCUACAUGAUUCAGGCUAUGGGAGUAGUUCCAGCCCACACACUCCCGAGAUGAGAGAUGAAAGCCCGCCUAGGGCGGCCAAGACCCGCACCAAGUAUCAGGUCAAACAAGAAGUCGAGGGCGAUGAAAGCAUGCGAAGCCAUCGUGUCAACAAAAUUUACGACGAAUAUGAUGAACCGCGUGAACCGCGUUUUGGCCGAGGAUACCACCGAAGUCCGGAGUCUACAAUCAGAGAGCCAGCUCCGCGAGAAUCCGAGCGUCGCAAGGACAAACCUGAACGUCCCAAGGUUGAUACCACAAGUCGCUCCAAGUCGUCUCGUGGAGCUUCGUUGAUGUCUUCAAUGACAAACCCGCCUCCCGUACGAAGAAGUGGCUCCGGUCGCUUCGAGGACGUACCUUCUCCUCGCUCUCCACGAGACACGCCUCCUGUGUCGCGUCACAAUAGCGGGCGCGAAAAGUUGUUUGCUGAACUCUCCCCGGAUGAGCGCGAAGUCCCUCGCUACAGCAGACCGUAUUCGUCUGACAAGAUCAACACCCCCUCAAGACGUGAGCCAAUCUAUAACAGCUAUGCACGGGAACCAGCCGACUAUCGCGACAAUGAGUACAGCCCACGCUUCCGUGAGUCGCCACGUACUACUACCCGACGACCCUCUGUCAGUGUCGGAGGUUAUUAA